UUAUUUUAUUUUAUCUAAUAGGAGAAUUGAAUCCUUACAAGAGAAGCUUAAUCAUAGGACCAUUGCCGGGUUAUUAAAAUUUUAUAUUUUGAAUGAUAAUAAACAUGCAUUUGGAUAUGGAACCCUAGAUUAUGUUUUUCUUACCAACAGGCAAUGUACCCAUAAAAGUAGGAACACGUGGAUUAACUGUGCACAACCUCCACAAUACCAUAACGUCUAGCCUCUCAGACCAUGACACGUAGAAAGUACGGCUUUCUCUUCCCUCCUUGAAAAGACAUCGUUGACCUCACCUUGCCAUAUGUACGCCCACGAUCGGUUUAAACAACAAUCAUCAAUAACACCAGCAAUGACUAAUCUUUAACAAUCCAACAUGGCAAGGAGAUAAAUAGCCGUUGCAGUCACACCAGAAACCCUAACGGUCACCAUUUUCGAAAUGAAAAUUCAAAAUCGAAGUUCCUCUCUCCAUCACCACAUGAUAACCAUAUAAAACCCCUCCCUGUCUCUUUCUUUAAAACCAAGAUUCUGCUUUCUCUCUCGAGAAACCCAGGAAAGAGGGAUUUUUCUUAAACCCCAAGAAAAAUGGCAAGCAACAGAGAGAAAAAACCUGAAGAAGAAGAGAGAAAGAUCCCAGUUUUUACAGUACUAAGGAACGGUGCAAUUCUCAAGAACAUUUUUGUAAUCGACAAGUCACCAUUACCUUCACCAACAUCUUCAGAGCCGUCCAUUGAAAAUGAAGAGAACCCAGUUCAAGAAACUGAAGAAAUCUUGACUUUUGGUAGACACCCAGAUUGCAAUAUUGUUUUAAAUCACCCUAGCAUUAGCAGAUUCCACCUUCAAAUCAAUUCAAGACCCUCUUCACAGAAGCUCUUUGUCACAGAUUUAUCUUCUGUCCAUGGGACUUGGGUUUCAGGGAAGAAGAUUGAGCCGGGGUUUCGUGUAGAGCUCAAUGAAGGUGAUACAAUAAGGGUUGGUGGCUCAACUAGGUACUACAGGCUGCACUGGGUUCCUUUGAGCCGUGCAUAUGAUAUGGAAACCCCAUUUAUAUCACCAUUAGAUAUGGCAAUGAUUGAAGAGAAGCUAGAGGAAGAUCCAGUGCUUGAAGAAGAAAAUGAGGCGAAAAUGUCUCAGGAUGAGAACUUAAUGGCAACUGAAAGAGAAUCUGUUGAAGAGAAAGGCUCACUGGAAGUGGCAGGAAAAGAUGAUGAAAGAUAUCAGGCCAUGGAUUCUACAUCAGUUGAAAAUAGAGAAACAAAGUCUUUGGAUUUAAUAUUACAGGAUGUAGGCUACUUGUAUUGUGAGGAGAUUUGGGAGUCAAUUGCAAAGAAAGAGAUCUCGUCAGCUGCUUUAGUGCCUGAUGAAAGCAUGGAUUCUUUGUUUUAUGAUGCAAAUGAAGAUAUAGAAAUGUCAUUCAGAAAUGACCAUAAUGUGAAGGAUAUAUUAAGCCCCACAGCUGUCCAGGGAGUUAUUUCGGAAACUAAGUGUCGGCAAUAUGAUGGACAUAACCAGAGCCCUGAAUAUUUUUCUGUUCGACAAGAACUGCCGGAGACAGAAACCAAAGGGAGUUCAAUGAUCAGAGAAUCCAAUGCUGUGUUUUCUUCCUUGUCCACUGCAGAAGUGGAAUCUCAGUCAGCCCCUGAGAUGCUAGGAGCAACAGAAAAUGGAAGCUUAUUGAGCAAAGGCCAUGAACCAAUUAAUAUCUUCUCUCAUGGGAUAGAAAUGGUGAAGUUGUCUUUGCCUGUAAAAGAUCUUUCAGAUAAUGACAGUAAAAAAGUCAGAAAAGAAAACCAGACUCUAGAGCAUCUUGUUGCUUUAGAACCAACAUAUAAAGAAGGAAACCAAGGGAAUUUCACAGCAAAUCUGCUAGUGAACCUGAACUCCGCAUGUUCUGAUGACCAAGCUGUUUCUUUAAAAUCAACAUAUGAAGGGAACCAGGAGAAUUUCACUGCAAAUCUGCAGGAGAACCUGAAUUCUGCAUGUUCUGGUGACCAUGCUGUUGCUUUAGACCCAACAUAUGAAGAAGGAACCCGAGAGCAUUUCACUGUAAAUCUGCUGGAGAACCUGAAUUCAUCAUGUUCUGAUGACCAUGCUGUUGCUUUAGACCCAACAUAUGAAGAAGGAACCCAAGAGAAUUUCACUACAAAUCUGCUGGCAAACCUGAACUCCUCAUGUUCUGAUGACCAUGCUGAUGCUGACAUGCUUGAAGUGGAAAACCAGAAUCUUUCAAGGGAUGACCAUGAGCAGAGUGAAUACGCCAGCAUCUGCUCUGUGCUCCUCGCAGCGGAAUCUGUGAGCUCAUCUUUGCCUGCAGGACUCCUCUCUGAGAUCAUAGAUAGCAAAAAGUGCCAGACCCCACAAUCCGUACUUGCUUCAAUUGAAAACCAGGGGAACUUACAGAGCUCUCACGUCAGAUCAGAGAAAAAACAGAGCUCUCGUAACAUCUGGUCAAGAAGAGGUAAACCCAAAGCUGUUCUUCAGCUUCAAACAAGUAGGAGUAGAGAAAAGAAUAGAGGAGAUGAUGUUGAAUGGGAGAACCAGGAGAAUACUGAGAAUAUAUCAAUCUCAAAGACUAUUUUCCCUGGUUCAGAAGCAGCAGAAGAAGUCCUUACCCCAGGCAAGGAGAAUUACUCACCAAAUACUCUUCUGCUUAAGUCCUUGAAAAAGAAGGGUAAACGAGAAGAAACGCAACUUUCCAAAUCACGCAGAUCAACCUCUUCAAAAAUUGCUUUUAGUCCCUAUAAGCAACCAGAAGAAGAGAUGAUCGCCUCUCCAGAUAAAGAGAACCAGGCACCAAAAGUUCUCCAACAAACAAAAUUAGCUAUAUCAGCUUCAAGGAAUCAAGUGAAAUUCAAGAAAGAGAUGGUACUAGAGGAGAGUAAGGCAGAAAGAGUUCCACUACAAUCUUUACUUGUGAAUUUCUCAGGAAAUAGCAAUUCUGAAGCUUCAGUCCCUAAUGAUGCUACAAGAAGCAGUAUUUCUGUUAAUUGUUCUCAAAUUAUGCGGACGAGUAACUUCACUGGAGAUGGUAAGAGAAGAUGGACUAUGGUGACAGAUACAGCUUCUCUUGUGGACAAGGAGUCAAGGAAGUCAUUACAGCUUUUACAAGGUCUCAAGGGGACUCAUUUGGUCAUUCCAAAAAUGGUGAUAAGGGAACUAGAUUGUUUGAAGCGUCGUAGUAGCUUGUUUAGAAAAAAAAUGGAGGCAUCAUUGGUGUUGGAAUGGAUAGAAGAGUGUAUGGUGAGAACACCAUGGUGGAUUCAUGUCCAGAGCUCAAUGGAGGAGGGAAGGCACAUAGCACCAACCCCACCUGCUUCUCCGCAGUCACGAUUCAGUCAGGGAAGUGAAGGGUUUCCGCGUGGGACAGGAAGCUCAGUUCCGUUUCCAGCUCAUGGAAGUUUUCUAGAAAUUGUUUCACCAACAGCGGAAGAUCAUAUCCUUGAAUAUGCUCUUUCCUAUAGGAAAAUGAAUAGAAAUGGACAUCUCAUCCUUCUAACUAAUGACGUUACCCUGAAGAUCAAAGCCAUGUCAGAGGGUUUGAUUUGUGAGACAGCCAAGGAAUGUCGUGACAGUCUGGUGAACCCCUUCUCUGAGAGGUUCUUGUGGGCUGACAGCUCUCCUAGAGGACAGACUUGGUCUGUCUCGGACGAUUUAGUUUUGAAGGAAAGGUAUUACCGAAGCCCUUCAAAGAAAUCAUCUAAAGGAGAAGGUGCAAAGGGCUUGAAGCUCAUUCUGCUUCAUAAUUCUCAGUACGGGCAGAUCAGUCAGUCAGAACAAUGUAGUUUGUUCAGAAACAGAUACUUGUUUUAGUUCUUUUAGCAAUUCAAUGGUAAAGUUGAGUUGUCUGCUGACCACUUUUUUGGUCUUGGAGAACAUCAAAUAGCAGUUCUUUUGAACGAUAAGUUUUUCUAUUUAGUAUGAUGAAAAGUGGUGACUGGGAUUUCAACAUCAUCUUUCUCACUAAAUGAAAUCCCUUGAGAUGAAGCAGAUUUAUUUGCUGUGUGAAGAGAUUUGAGUUUGAUCGUAAUUUAGUGGGAUUGACAUCACAUUUUUAUAUUUUUCCCAUAAAACACGUGUUUGGAUUUGGGGUUAUCUAACAUGUAGCCAUCAUGGACAGGAUCCUUCCAGGAGGAAAAUAGCAUCUCAGCAACAUGCCACUCAGUUGCUCUCAUUAUUUC